AAUAAAUAAAAUUUUUUUUUAAGGAAGGGGCCUGCUCACAAAGGCAAAAGUGUCCAGAGCCCCCAAAUGUCAUGCAGCCAUGUGGGGCACGCAUACUCCCUGGGUAUCAGUCCCAAGAUACCCAAAUUCCAGGACCAUGAACAAGCCUGCCCAGCUGGGCUUGCCACCCAGACAACCCCCCUGCACUGCCUCCACCCCCACCCCAGCCCAAGUAAAGACACACAGCCCAGCCCAAGUGCUGCCUGGGUGGGGGGGCCGCUUCCGGCCCAGGCCCCACCCCUGCCAAGGGCACUUUGCUAGGGUGGUGAGGUGGCUCCGCUGCCUGGCCCAGCCCUCAGCCCGCCCUCGGUCUGGGCGGGGUGACCCCUACAAAAGUUCAGAGUUGCCAGCAGCAGCGUCUUCCUCCAAGAGUCUGGCGCAGCUGGGGCCAGAGUUGAGGAACAAGAAUCUUGCUGAGCCCUGCCUAGGCCCUAAGCCUGGGGUCAGGAAGUUUGGAUGAGGAGGCCCUUCAGCCCCGAGGUUUCCCUAGAGCUGCCCCGUGCCAUGGCAGCUCAACUGCUUCCCAUCUGCACCCUCUUCCUGACCAUGCUCGGCAUGGCCCAAGGCUCCAGAGGCUCCGUGGUACCCAACCAGCCCUUCACCACCAUCUGGAAUGCAAACACCCAGUGGUGCUUGGAGAAGCACGGUGUGGACGUGGAUGUCAGUGUCUUCGAUGUGGUGGCCAACCCGGGACAGACCUUCCUCGGCCCUGACAUGACCAUUUUCUACAGCUCCCAGCUGGGCACCUACCCCUACUACACGUCUGCUGGGGAGCCUGUGUUUGGCGGCCUGCCCCAGAAUGCCAGCCUGGAUGCUCACCUGGCCCGCACGUACCACGACAUCCUGGCGGCCAUGCCCGCCUCUGAUUUCUCAGGGCUGGCAGUCAUUGAUUGGGAGGCCUGGCGCCCACGCUGGGCCUUCAACUGGGACGCCAAGGACAUUUAUCGGCAGCGCUCACGGGAACUGGUACAGGGGCAGCACCCUGACUGGCCGGCUCCUUGGGUGGAGAUGGUGGCCCAGGACCAGUUCCAGAAGGCUGCACAGGCCUGGAUGGUAGGCACCCUCAAGCUGGGGCAGGCGCUACGACCUCGUGGCCUCUGGGGCUUCUAUGGCUUCCCUGACUGCUAUAACUAUGACUUCCUAAGCCCCAACUACACGGGCGAGUGCCCACAGGGUGUCUGUGCCCAGAACGAUCAACUAGGGUGGCUGUGGAGCCAGAGCCGUGCCCUCUACCCCAGCAUCUACAUUCCCGCAGCGCUGGAGGGCACAGGGAAGGCAAAGAUGUAUGUGCGGCAACGAGUGGCUGAAGCAUUCCGUGUGGCUGGGGGUGCUGGGGAUCCCAGUCUGCCGGUGCUGCCCUAUGUCCAGAUCUUCUAUGACAUGACCAACCGCUUUCUGCCCCAGGAUGAGCUGGAGCACAGCCUGGGGGAGAGCGCAGCCCAGGGAGCAGCAGGAGUGGUGCUCUGGGUGAGCUGGGAGAACACAAAAACCAAGGAAUCAUGCCAGGCCAUCAAGGAGUAUGUGGACACCACACUGGGGCCCUUCAUCCUGAACGUGACCAGUGGAGCCCGUCUGUGCAGUCAAGCCCUGUGCUCAGGCCAUGGCCGCUGUGUCCGGCGCCCCAGCCACCCAGAGGCCCUCCUCAUCCUCAACCCCACCAGUUUCUCCAUUGAACUCACGCCUGGUGGCGGGCCCCUGACCCUACGAGGUGCCCUCUCAGUUGAGGAUUGGGAACGGAUGGUGGUGGAGUUCAAAUGUCACUGCUACCCUGGCUGGAGGGGAGCAUCGUGUGAGCAGCAGGGCACAUGGUGAUUGGCCCGGAUGCACACAUUGAGCGCCACCUAAUGCACUUGGGGUCUGCCCAGGCUUUCUCAAGUACAGGCACAGUUACACAAGUCACGGUCACAGCGAGGAGUACACUCAGCCACCGUCAUGAGCAUAUGCCUGUGUAUGCUCACGUACUUACAGACCGGGAUAGCUGCAUCCCUAGUUAGAGUGUCCGGCACCCACCCAGCAGGGUCAUAAACAUCACCUCCAGAGACACCGACUGGGCCAGUCUUUAAACUGCAGCAAUCACAAGAACUGACAUUCUCUGAGCGCCUGAUCUUCACCAAGUCCUGUGCUAAGCAUUUUAAGUGGGCUGACUCAUUCGGUCCUAAGGCGACUGAGCAACACACAGGGCGGGAGCACUCUGCCAAAUUUUCACAGCCACAAAGUGGAGAAGCCGAGAUCUGAACCCAGGCUGUCUGGCUGUAGAGGUAGGGAGGGCCCUUUGGCUCCUGUGUUGAUGGUCACCAACACUGCACGCAACCUGAGCCCGCUCCGAGGCGCCAGCCCUGCAAAUAAAGCAGACAUGAGUCUUACUUCCAAGAGCUGUUUAUUGAGCGCCUAAAGCGUGCAGGCCCCGGGAUCCAGAGGGCACAGGAAAGGCCCCUCUCUGCUCUGACGUCUGUCCGAGGGCGGCUGCUUCCCAGGGUGGGACCCGAGUUUCAGGAGGAAGCUUCACCUGCCCUUUUCCA